UAACAGCGGCUGGCUUGACCGGAGAGUUGGUCUCCGCACGGAGCAUUAACAACAUGCCACACACUUGAACUAUAAUGCACUUUUUUAUUUGGAUAUGACAGCCGCCGUGCAUCUGUGUUGUAAAAUGCGUCUCCUCUGCCUCUAAGCAAAAUGCCUUAUGGGAUUUAUCCUUGGCAAAACUGACACCCUGUUACAUUCCAAAAUUUGGACCAAGGACAAUAGCUCUUUUCUAUGAUAACAUUUUAUACAAAAUCUGCUGGAGCAGACCAUUUCUGGAUAGCAAUCCUGCCUUCCUUGUCUCCAGAAUCAACUCGCCAACCGUCCCAAAGGGUGACUGCCUAUCAUGAGAUUCCGAAUUUACAAGCGAAAGGUGGUACUGCUAACUUUAGUGGUUGUAAUCUGUGGAUUUGCCGUCUGGAAUAGUGGUAAGAUGAAGAAGGCAAGUGCUGCUGUGGUUCCUAAGGAGGCGGAGACCAUUAAACGGAGCAGCGGCGGAAGUCUGGUACAGGUCACGGCAGCGGUUACUCGGAAAACAGUCAACGAGACGCUUCCAGAAAAACAACCUGCUGCCAAACCUGAAGUGGAUAACACUACUCUGGUGUACAGAGGGAUUGCGUUUCAACUUAACUUUGACCAGACCUUGAGAAACGAGGAGAAAUUUCGGACAGUGCGACAGAAGGAUGACCUCGUCGUAGUGGUUCAGGUGCACAACCGUCCAGAAUACCUGCGACUCUUGGUGGAUAGUCUGAGAAAGGCAGAGGGCAUUGGGAAUGUUUUGCUGAUUUUCAGCCAUGACUUCUGGUCGCCAGAGAUCAACCAGAUAGUCACCUCCGUUGACUUCUGUCUUGUUCUCCAAAUAUUCUUCCCUUUUAGUCUCCAGCUCUAUCCUCAAGAGUUCCCUGGGAAUGAUCCAAGAGACUGUCCCAGAGACAUUACCAAGAAAGAUGCCUUAACGUUAGGUUGCAUAAACGCAGAGUACCCAGACUCCUUCGGCCACUAUCGAGAAGCCAAGUUCUCUCAGACCAAACACCACUGGUGGUGGAAGCUGCACUUUGUUUGGGAUAGAGUCCGGGUGUUGAAAGACCACCAAGGGCUUGUGUUGCUCAUUGAAGAGGACCACUACCUCACCCCCGAUUUUUAUCACCUUCUCAAGCUGAUGGCGUCGCUAAAGAAAGAGCAGUGUCCCGAUUGCGACAUCCUAUCUUUGGGAAGCUACGGGCACAUCAGCUAUUCCAGCAAAGCCAACAAAGUUGAGGUGAAAGCGUGGAAGUCGACUGAGCACAACAUGGGCAUGGCACUAAGCCGAAAUGCGUACCAGAAGCUCCUCAGAUGCACCGAUGCCUUCUGCACCUAUGACGACUACAACUGGGACUGGUCAUUGCAGCAUCUUACCGUGACUUGUUUGCCCACGUUCCUGAAGGUCAUGGUCUGCGAGGCGCCUCGCAUUUUCCACGCCGGCGAUUGCGGCAUGCACCACAAAAAGUCGGCUUGCAUGCCGACUAACCAGAAGACAAAGAUCGAAAACAUUCUUCAGAUCAGCAGGAAUCAGCUGUUCCCAAAACAGUUGCUUAUCACAAAGAGACUGCCCGCAUUGGGGGCCAAAGGAGUGGCCCCCCAUGUCAAAAAUGGAGGUUGGGGCGACAUCAGGGACCAUGAACUCUGCAAGAGCUAUCUUCGAUUACAGUGACUCUUCUCUUGUUUUCGUUGUUUUUGCAUCCUCAAAUGAAAGCCUUUAAGAAUUCUUUAUGGACUAUUUCGGCAUAUUGCUUGUUUUAUUGAGAUAUUCCAAAUAAUAAAAAAAGUAUGUGAUUUUUGGAUUCGGUGGUUAUGAGCAUCUUUCAAGUACCAUCAUUGAAAACUUGUCAUUGAUGUCAAUAGGGCUGGGCAAUAUAUCGGUGUAUCAAUAUACAUUUACGAUGAUUUGCUGUCGACAUAAAAUAAGUUUGCAUCAUACAUAUGGCAAUGUUUUUAAUUUGCUUUUAAUCUGAAGUUAUAUCCAAUUUUACAACUUCGUUGUCAUGACGACUAAUGCUGUAAACCCUAAGGUCACUGUAAAAAUUACAAUUGAACCAGUUUUACAUCUCGAAAGUUUUAUAAGAGGAAUUAAACUGCCUUUAAACACUCCAAAAAUUGGCAAGUCUCACCGUAACCUACAUUUUUAAAAAAAAUGUUUUUUUGCUUAUUUUUAAUGGAUGGGAUUUUACAUAGAAACUGUCCUUUUAGUUGUUGAACGGGGGGCGUUCGCUGUCCUGUUCGGCACAUCGUGCUCCGUUUUGUGUCCCGUUCUGCAUUACGCGGUGGCUCAUUUCAGCGUAUCGUGGCCCAUUCGGCCCGUUUCACGAAGGCCAGUGUGCCCCUGAUUGGCCCCAAAGUGCGUCGGCCCACCGGGAAAGAAAAAGAAAGCCACCAGGCACAAACUUUCGCGUUGCUUUGAUGCCAUACGUCACAGUUACGCCAUCCAAAGUUGGACCAUUUCUAACCGACAUGCUUUCCUUUAAGUCCGGCGCCGAUGGGUCUGCACAGUGCUGCAUGAAGUUAAAUUAACGGUAUAGUCCCGUCCGCAAAUCACGUCAUAUGUUGUUGUGUCAGGCUGGACGGGCUGCUCAAAACAAACAGAGUCCCAGAGACGCAAUGUUUACAGUUUUCAAACAAAUUAACCUAUGAAUGGCUUACUUGGUCGUCUCCGCAUAUUAACUUUAGUUUUAAUAAUCCUCAACAAUGGAUGGUUGGUUGAAAUGUUGUUGUUUUUCUUCUUCUUUAAGCCAUUUUAGAGCAAAUACAUAAAUAUCACGAUAUAUAUUGAAUAUCGUUAAAAGCUGGAAAAUAUCGAGAUUAUUUAUAAGCUAUAUAGCCCGGCCCUAGUUGUCACUCAUAUAAAGAUUAUUGCAUUUUUAUUUGGAUGUAUGUAUCAUUUUUAAAUCUGCAAAAAGCAUGAACUUUCUUAUGAAUUACAUAUGUGUGUAUAUAUACUUACCUGCAGACAAAAUACAUGGAAUGUUUACUUUUGGACAACAUUUGACAUUCUGUGAAAUAUUAUGCUAGUACUGGGCUAUUUUUGUAUGCAGAUGAACUAUUUUAUAUUUGCUUGAUUGUGACUGACCAUUUUAAAGGUGUAGCUUCUGAAGUUGUGCUUCAUAUUGAACAUAUUCAAGUAUUGGAAUGGUUUUAAAGCUUGUGCAAGACAUUAAAAUUGCAUUGGCUAUCUCGCAGCCCUCAUUAGCCCAUUGUUGAUGCUUUGUCCUAUUUACAUGAGCUUCCAUUUAGCCGUGACACAGAUCUGUGCCCUCAAUACUCACUAAUACUGUAUAAUGAAGUGUGAAAAGUAAAG